AAAUAAACAAACCUGCAAUCAAAAUAACCCAUAAAACCCAACCCUAAAUCUCUCUCAACUCUCAAAGUUUACUGCCGCCCUCCCCUCCCCCAUUCGGCCUCUACGUCACUCGUCUGGUGCGCCUCCCGCCGAUCGUGCUCCACGCUGUCAACGUCGUUUCUGCGUUCGGUUCCUGCUCUUCUCCGCCGCUUCCUCUGCUCCAGUCUUGCUGUCCGGUGCUGCUCCUCGCCGCGUCCUCGGUCACUGCAGGUUUGUGAGAUCUAUUUAUUUCUUAAAUUUGUGAAAAUAUUAAGAUUUAUGUGAAGUUUUCGUUUGUGAGAUUAUUGAAAAUUAUUUGUAAUAAAGAUUAUUGUGAACGGACUGAGAGUUGUUUUAGUGAGAUUAUUGAAAAUUUUUGAAAUAAACACUACCAUUCAGAGUUGUUUUCGUGAUAUUGAGAUGUAUUUUAGAAUAUUGUUAAUGUGGAUUUUGUGUGAAUUUUUUAUUUUUUGUUUUUGUUGUGAUUAUGACUUAAUCGGGUUCGGUCGUGUCUGAGGAUAAGCUGCCUUCUUACUUGGCCCGUCACACCAUUCUAGUGCUUGGUACUGUUGUAGACCCAUCUGCAGCUGUUUUGGUUCUUGCUGUCACUGUACUCUUGUGCAUGGGAAUCAAGGAGAGCUCAUUGGCGCAAGCCAUUGUUACAACAGUGAAUAUAUGUGGGAUGCUGUUUAUCAUAAUAGUGGGCGGAUAUUUGGCUUUUAAGACUGGAUGGAUUGGUUAUGAACUUCCUAGUGGGUACUUCCCUCUUGGUUUAAAUGGGAUGCUUGGAGGCUCUGCUGUAGUAUUCUUUUCAUUCAUUGGUUUUGACGUUGUUGCUAGCACAGCUGAAGAGGUUUUGACUGUAGAAGGUCUUCAGCACCUUGGGUUUCUGAUUCAAUUUGGUGAUAAGGGUUCUGAAAGAGUUUCAUUAAGUCAAGCUGCUCCAUUUUUUGCCAAUUCAGAUCCUGACAUGCUUGCAGUUCCUGUUCCUGCAGUACAAGUCCAUGAUUGGGUUUUGCAGAAUAUAGCCUCUGCUUUGGAACAUAUCACUGAAAGAAUUUCUGCAAAAGAAAAUGGGCCAUCGAGUUUCUUUGAUAAUGAUGUUGCCAUGGCUGAUGCCUGCACAAGUUCAAUCAAGGGCUCGCCAAGUGCAAGGGGAUCAAGUUUUAUUGAGGGGAUCUCUAAAUCUUCAUAUGUAAGACAAGCAUCAGAUCUUACUGAUUUAAAUAUGGAUUAGCAUGAUGCCAUAUCUCACUGACUUAAAUAAUAUGUUUUAUUAUAUGAAUUUUAUACUAUUUGGAUACAUUAUGUAUUUUGAGAUAUUUUAAGUUUCUUAGUGUUGAACUAUAAUAAUGUUUUGGACUUUUAGAUUGCAAAUUAUGAAA